AAAGUGACGCGCCGAAGUUGAAAGUGAGUAUGGAGGGCGUUGACGUUGAAGCCAGGAAAUAUGGGAGAGAAAGGGAAACCCUAUUUCAAGGAAGAGCAAUUUUGAACAUUUCUAUUUCAUUCAUUGCCCGCCGUUUUGUUAUUCUGACAGACAACCCAACUAAAACACUUAAAAGUUUCUCUCUUUGUUUCUUUCUUUCCAAUACACCAACAUCUCCUUAUCUAAAAGCUGCUCUCCUUUUUCUGCUUCUCUCUUACUCUAUCAUCUUACUUUUCUUUCAUCAAUUGUGGGGGUUGAUAGUGUUUUACGUCUAUUUGGAGGAGUAAAUCAAAGUUGUGAAGCUUUGAUUUUGGAGUCUUGACUUGUAGAGAUAGCUUAGUGGAGUAUAGAGAAACCAAAUGGGGAAGCCCACUGGGAAGAAGCCCACUAAAUCAAAAUCCAGUGAUUCAAAUGUGAAACAUGGUAAAGCUGCCUCUAAAGUGAUUGAUGAAGACACAGCCGUAUUCAUCAGUAUGUCCCAAGAAUUGAAGGAAGAAGGGAACAAGCUGUUUCAGAAGCGUGAUCACGAGGGUGCUAUGUUGAAGUAUGAGAAGGCUCUGAAGUUGCUUCCGGGGAACCAUAUUGAUGUUGCCUAUUUGCAUACUAACAUGGCUUCUUGCUAUAUGCAAAUUGGCCUUGGCGAGUACCCAAGAGCCAUUAAUGAAUGCAACUUGGCACUUGAAGUUGCUCCAAAGUACAGUAAAGCUUUGUUGAAGAGAGCAAAGUGUUAUGAGUCAUUGAAUAGGCUGGAGUUGGCUUUAAGGGAUGUUAACCGUGUUUUGAGUAUUGAACCCAACAAUUUGACUGCACUGGAGAUUGCAGGCCAGGUUAAAAAGGCGAUGGAAGAGAAAGGUCUAAAGAUUGAAGAGUUAGUAUUACCCCCAGAAUAUGUUGAGCCUCCAAUUCCUACCAAGGUUGUAAAGGAUAAGUCGAAAAAGAAGAAGAGCAACAGAUUUGACAGAAAGAAAGUUUUGGAAGUUGACGAAAAGAAGGUUGAGGAGGUUGAAGAAAAGAAGGCUGAGGACAAGGUGGUUGUGGAGGAGAAAAGAAGCGUUAAGGAAGAAAAGAUGGUGUCAAGAACAGUCAAAGUGAUACUUGAGGAGGAUAUUAGAUGGGCAGAAUUACCAGUGGGUUGCAGUAUUAGACUUGUGAGAGACAUUGUUCUGGACCGAUUCCCAAACUUGAAGGGUGCGCUUAUAAAGUAUAGGGAUGAAGAAGGUGACCUGGUUACUAUCACAACCACUGAUGAGCUUAGGUUGGUUGAAUCAUCUGCUGGUCCUCAGAGUUCUUUAAGACUCUACAUAGUAGAAGUUACGCCAGAUAAAGAACCUCUAUAUGAGGGAAUGAGUGGUGAAGAUGAUAUAAAUUCCAGCAGCUACAAAUCAACUAUAGUCACAGAGGAUGGGCAUCUGGAGAAAGAAAGGGAACUGAAUAAAGGGACAACCUGUGUUGAAGACUGGAUCGUCCAAUUUGCACGGCUGUUCAAAAAUCAUGUUGGCUUUGAUUGCGAUCCAUAUCUGGAUCUUCAUGAGAUAGGUAUGAAACUAUACUCUGAAACUAUGGAGGACACUAUUACAAGUGAAGAAGCACAAGAGCUUUUUGGAAUUGCUGCAGCUAAGUUCCAAGAGAUGGCAGCUUUGUCUUUGUUUAAUUGGGGAAAUGUUCAUAUGUCCAGAGCAAGGAAGCGGGUAUACUUUACUGAAGACAGUUCUCGGGAGUCUGUAUUGGAACAGGUUAAAUCUGCAUAUGAAUGGGCAGUUAAAGAAUAUGAAAUGGCGGGACGUAGGUACGAAGAAGCUCUUAGGCUGAAGCCAGAUUUCUAUGAAGGCCUUCUUGCACUUGGUCAGCUGCAGUUUGAACAUGCAAAACUCUGCUGGUACUAUUUGAUUGGAAGUAAAGUUGAGUUAGAGACAGGGACGUGUGCAGAGAUCUUGGAGCUGUAUAACAAGGCUGAGGAUAGCAUGGAAAGAGGAACGGAAAUGUGGGAGGAGAUGGAAGAACAGCGUCUUAAUGGACUCUCCAAAAAUGAAGAAUAUAAAGCUCUGUUGCAGAAAAUGAGAUUGGAUGGUCUACUAAAAGAUAAACCAGCUGAAGAAGCUGAAGAGCAGGCUGCAAACAUGAGGUCUCAGAUUUACCUCUUAUGGGGUACCAUUCUCUAUGAACGUUCUGUGGUGGAAUUUAAACUGGGAUUACCAACUUGGGAAGAAUGUUUGGAGAUUGCAAUGGAAAAGUUUGAGCUAGCUGGAGCAUCUCAAAUUGAUAUCGCCGUUAUGAUAAAGAACCACUGUUCCAAUGAAACUGCUCUUGAAGGUUUCAAGGUUGAUGAGAUAGUACAGGCAUGGAAAGAGAUGUAUGAUACUAAUAAGUGGCAGACUGGGGUGCCAGCUUUCAGGCUAGAACCUUUAUUCCGUCGUCAUAUUCCAAAUCUCCACACUGUAUUGGAAAAUCUUUGAGUCAAUAUCUGUGGUUGAUCAUUACAUCGGAGCAAAGGAUAUUUGGCAUUACCUCUCAAUUUUGUGUGGCUGUAUGUUGCCAAGUUAAUAGGUUCUUUUAUUUUUUUGUGAAUUACUUCUUGAUGAUCAGUUUUUUGCUUUAGGAGCAAAGAGCUGAGUGUGACUAAUCACUCUAUUGGAUUUUGAAGACAUUGGUUUGUUUCAGAUGUGAAGGUUUUUCGGUAUCAUUCAUUGGUGUUUUGGUCAUUCUUCACCACAAAGCCCACCCAACGUAGGGUCUUUUUGUGAUUUGCAUUAUUUGCAUUCAUUUUUUCACACAAGCUCAAGGUAGAGUGGAGUAUAGCAUUAUAUUUGUAAGGUUGCUGUUGUUAAAAAUAGAAAAUGGAUGUUCAUUUCUCUCAGUCAGAGACAGAAUAUAUAGAAGUGUUUAUUUGAGAUGUUCCUUUCUAUCA